UGAUGCCGGUGAAGGCAUUUUCUGAUCUCGGUGAGUUCGAGCUCUUGCUUGGUCAACUUCAUCUAAUUCAAUGACUUAUCUUCACCAAACAGUUUACUUUUUCCCUUCAUGCACAUACAUAAGUCUCUGCCCUUGUUGUGCCAGGGAUAAACUCCAAUUAAUUGCUGAAACUGCCACAAAUAUAUCUUCAGAAGAAAAACCAUGGGGCAUCGGUAUUCAAAAUUUUUAAGAAUUCAAGAUGAUCCUGAUGCACUAGAUCAUCAGGUCCACACAAAUAAUUAUGAAGAAGGAAGACAAAUAUACAAACCAGAGUCUACCCCAAAACAUGAAUCACCAGGAAGGAACCGGCAAUCCUUGAGGGCUAAAGUACUUUACAAAGUUUUCCAUGAGGACUUUGACAGAUUGCACACAAGUAUACUUGAUCCUCAAGGAACGAUCAUUCAGCAUUGGAGCAAGAUCUUCCUAAUAGCAUGUUUGGUUUCUUUGUUUGUGGACCCUUUAUUCUUUUACUUGCCAGUUGUUUCUUCAGAUCAAGUCUGCAUUCAAACUGGAAUGUCCCUUGAACUAAUCCUUACAAUUAUUAGAUCAGUUGCUGAUGUCUUCUACAUAAUUAAUAUUUUUAUACGGUUUAGGACAGCAUAUGUUGCUCCUCCUUCCAGGGUAUUUGGGAGAGGAGAGCUUGUUAUAGACUCUCGGAAAAUUGCUUCCAGAUACCUCCGCAGAGGAUUCUGUAUUGACUUCAUUGCUGCCCUGCCCCUUCCUCAGAUUUUGAUCUGGGUCCUCAUUCCCAAUCUUCAACGUUCAGCAAUAAAUGUCAGUACAAAUGUGCUCCGCUUUGUAAUGAUUUUUCAGUUUCUUCCAAAACUCUUCCUUGUAUUUCCACUCACAACCCAAGUUGGAAAGGCCAUAGGCUUUGUGAUUGAAACAGCAUGGUUAGGUGCUGCUUAUAACCUGCUUCUCUUUUUGUUGGCAAGCCAUGUCAUGGGAGCUUGCUGGUAUAUUCUUUCAAUUGAGAGGGAGGAAGCAUGCUGGAGAAACGCCUGUGAUAAUGAAAGGCAAACUUGUCAGUAUAACUACUUUGAUUGCAAACGGCUUGCAGACCCUGGGAGAAAUUCCUGGUUCUUGUCAAGCAAUAUCACCAAUUUAUGCACCCCAACUACUAGCUCCUAUGCGUUUGGCAUAUAUGGUGAUGCAGUGAAUAAUCAGGUUGUAAGCGCUCACUUUGUAAACAAGUACUUCUACUGCUUUUGGUGGGGUUUAAGAAAUUUGAGUACUCUGGGACAAAAUCUUUCCACAAGCAUUUAUGUUGGAGAAAUAAGUUUCUCCAUCCUUAUUGGGUGUGUUGGUCUGGUUCUCUUUGCAUCACUCAUUGGGAAUAUGCAAAGAUACCUCCUGUCGACAACUCUUAGGCUAGAAGAAUGGAGGAUCAAGAGAACUGAUACUGAGAAAUGGAUGCAUCAUAGGCAGCUACCUGAAGUAUUAAGGGUUUCUGUUAGAAAAUAUGAUCAGUAUAAGUGGCUAGCCACUCGAGGAGUUGAUGAAGAAGCCCUUCUCAGCACUCUUCCCUUGGAACUCCAGAGAGACAUCAAACGCCACCUAUGUCUAGAUCUUGUUCGUCGAGUACCAUUGUUUGAGCAGAUGGAUGAAAGAAUGCUAGAUGCAAUAUGUGAGAGGCUUAGACCGGCCCUGUGCACUGAGGGAACAUUACUUGUCCGAGAAGGUGACCUUGUGAAUGUUGUGCUCUUUAUAGUCCGUGGCUACCUUAAUUGCUACACAACAAAUAGUGGAGACAUCUCUAGAUUCUCCAAUAUUCCAUGCCUGAUUGGCCCUGGUAACUUCUGCGGCGAGGAACUUCUGACAUGGGCCUUGGAAACAGAUCCAAGCAUCAUCCUCCCUUCCUCCACUCGCACAAUCAAAGCAAUAGCCGAAGUAGAAGGGUUUGCUCUAAGAGCAGAAGACUUGAAGUUUGUGGUAUCACAGUUCAGGAAAAAACAUAGCAAGCAACUAAGGCACAACUUCAGGUUCCAUUCCCACCAGUGGAGAACAUGGGCUGCAAACUACAUUCAAGCAGCCUGGCGUCGGUACAAGAAACGAAAGGAAUCAGCAGAUAAUGCAGCUAAAGCCAUGGAGAAGCUCAAGGCUAGUGAAGGUGAAGCAGGGUCAGCCAUGCUUAAAGCAAUAAUAAAAGCUAGUUCAAGGUUUGGUGUUAAUUUGAGUUUCAAGGGAGAGCCAGGUGGUGCCAGCGCAUUGCAGAAGCCUGCUGAGCCUGAUUUCUUCCUAGAUGAUAACGCCAAUUAACACGGCAUUUGUUCUAUGAUUGGAAUUAAUUGUAGAAAUUACUGUUUAUCAAUUGUAGAAACUACACGGCAUAUGUCCGGGACCCUUUUCAUGCCCAAGUAAUAGGAGCUAGGUACUGAGAACACAUUUCUUUACCUUUUCAUCUUGGUGCAUAAAGAGAAAAACUCUUU